UUUUUUUAAAUUCAAAUUAAAAAUCGAAUUUCCGAAAGUCAGUGGUUAACACUGGAAUUGGCGUGCUUGAAAUGGUACGCUUGUGUUUGUAUAUACAAACACUAGCAACACCAAUUUUCAGACAUAUAUCAAACAACAGCCAUAACAAUAAAACGAUUAUGUGUGGUGUCCGAUGUGAAUCCGUCAAAAAGAGAGAUGAAAUGAAACAGUACAGCACAACGAAAUACUUUUACUGAAAAGUGAACAAUAUUCCGGCGUCAUUAAAAGUUUGGUUACACACCAUACUUAUUCAAGUGGAUUCAACUUGAUUGCAAUCCAAAUAUUUAUCAAUUAAUUGAUAGUUAUUUCAUAAAAAAAAAGUACCGAAUUAAAACAAACAGAAAAAAAAAACAAAACCGAGUUCGCGUCGCAACCUGAAACCAUUCGGAAACGAAUACAACAAUCUAAAACUUUGUAACCAAUUCAAAUCAAAAACGAAAACAUACGAUCUAUCAAUUACGAGUCAAACGUUAGUACGAGUCGCACGGUUAAUUUAACGAAAACAAAAAAUACAAAUCAAACAAAGAAAAUUCGCGGAUCAAUCGUUUCAAUCGACUUUGGAAACGUACGAACGAACAAACGAACAAACGAUUCAGAAUGCCGGGUACUGGAACGUUUAAGCUAUUCAUCGGUAAUAUUGAAGAGAAAACGUCGCCGGCGGAUUUGCGUCCGCUAUUCGAAAAGUAUGGAACUGUCGUGGAAUGUGAUGUCGUUAAAAAUUAUGGCUUUGUACACAUGGAAAAUGAACAAGAGGGUCGUGAUGCUAUACAAAAUUUAAAUGGUUAUGUUGUUAAUGGCAAUCCAAUAAAAGUCGAAGCGGCUAAAAGUCGUCGGGCGCCAAAUACACCGACCACCAAAAUUUUUGUGGGCAAUUUAACAGAUAAAAUGCGUGCGCCGGAAGUUCGUGAACUAUUUACAAAAUACGGAACAGUCGUCGAAUGUGAUAUCGUACGCAAUUAUGGUUUUGUGCAUUUAGAUUGCGUCGGCGAUGUAAACGAAGUGAUUCGCGAGCUAAAUGGAAAAAUGGUUGAUGGGCAACCGCUUAAGGUGCAAGUAUCAACAAGUCGCGUUCGACCAAAACCGGGCAUGGGAGACCCAGAACAGUGCUACCGAUGUGGCCGAUCUGGUCAUUGGUCCAAAGAAUGCCCACGGUUAAUGUUCUCAGAUCGCGGCGGCAGCAGUUUUCGUGACCGAUAUUCGCGAGAUCCGUAUCCUCCGCCACCACCACCACCCUUUUUACAUGAACGCUUUCGGGACUACGAUUAUUAUGAUAGAUACGAUGAUGGCCGAGACUUAUUUGACAGACGAUACUCAGGAAUGGGUAACAGUGGAAUGCGAGGUGGAAUCCCAAUGGGAAGACGCGAUCCAAUGCCAAUGCCUCCAAGCUUGGGAGGCGGUUUGCGUGGGUUAAGUGGAAGCAAUUCAAUGAGAAGCAGUUCUGGAUAUGAAUCUAUGUUUAGCAGACGAACACCACCACGAUCCAGCAACGGGCUCGGACGAUUCGGUAACUAUGAAGAUUUUAGUCGUGAUUCAUUUGACGAUCGACGGCCGCCAAGAGAUUCGUUCGAUUCAUUUGAUCGUCGUCCUGGUAUGCGUGGACAAUCACCAACCUACCGAUAUGCUCCAUAUUGAGGGUGUCUAAUUCAAAAGUGAAUUAUUAUUACAGGCGAACAUGAUAAAAGAAAAUUAAAAAAAAAAAAAAAAAAAAUAUU